CCAACGUGGACGACAAACAGAUCAAUUAGCUAAGAUUGCUUUGAUAUCACAGAGAAGCCAGCUUAGCGUUCGCAAACGGCAGAGUAUCGGCGGAGAUGUCUUCCUCGAAGGCAGCCUUGGUGGUACCGGCCCUCAAGCGCCACACCUCCACAGUUAUUGUAGCGCACGGAUUGGGAGACAGCGGCGCAGGGUGGAUGUUCCUGGCGGACCAAUGGCGAUCCGCCAACAAGUUCCCGGAAACCAAGUUCAUCUUUCCCAAUGCGCCCCAGAUACCGAUCACUGUGAACAUGGGCAUGCGUAUGCCGGGUUGGUAUGACAUAGCCGACUUCGGCGACCUUGCCAACCGAUCUGAAGACGAAGCGGGCAUUCUACGAUCGCAGAAAGUCUUCCACACACUCAUCUCAGACGAGAUCAAGGCCGGCAUCCCAACCGAGCGGAUCGUGUUGGGUGGUUUCAGUCAAGGUGGUGCCAUGAGUCUGAUGGCUGGGAUUACCUGUCCUUCAAAGCUCGGCGGUAUCUUUGGGCUUAGCUGUUAUUUGUUGCUGAAGGAUAAGGUGCAGUCACUGGUGCCUAAGGAGAGUCCCAACAAGGAUACGCCUAUCUUCAUGGGCCAUGGCGACGCAGAUCCGGUCGUUAGGCAUGAGUGGGGACAGUUGACGGCGAAUAUGCUGAAGCAGUGGGGUUGGAAUGUCGACUUCAAGACGUACAAGGGCUUGCCCCACAGUGCCGCUCCACGAGAGAUUGAGGAUCUAGAGAAGUAUCUGACCGAGAGAAUACCGCCUGUCGGUGACAAGAGUGGCUAUUGACUAGAGCCCGGAACGGAGAAGGCGCCGUACGAUGCAGGCGAGACUAAGAUUGUGAUUGCUGUUGCUUUGCUCGUGGUUUCAUGGCUUGCCACUGUCGCCCUAUGGCGGG